AUGGCGUCGCGCAAUCCUUCCAAGUGCCCGAUGCAGGACGAGGCGGAGCGAUAUCCGCGCCUUUGCCCUGGCGGCGGUCUACUCAUCGCAUGGCAACUCAAGGGCAAGAGGGUCCUGAUCGUCGGAGGCGGUCCCGUAGCAGCCGGCCGACUGGUCAACGUGCUGGAUGCCGAUGCUAUCUUGGAUGUCAUGUGCCCUUCCUCGGGGCUCUGCGACGAGAUGCGCUAUCGCAUUUACACCGAAAAGGUCGUAUCCAACUACGUUGAUGCCAACUACGACGAAGCGCACCCCGAGAUCCUCGACCAGUACGACAUGGUCCUCACGGCGAUCGAUGACGUGGAGCUGUCCAAGAAGAUCUGCUACGAAUGCCGCUCUCGCCGCAUCCCCGUCAACGUUGCAGAUGUGCCGCCCGAGUGCGACUUCUACUUCGGCUCUCUGAUUCGCAACGGCCCACUGCAGGUCAUGGUGUCUACUGGUGGGCAGGGUCCGAAGAUCGCCUCGCAAACGCGCCAAAAGAUCCAAGCUGCCAUCCCAAAGAACGUCGGUCAAGCCAUCACGAACGUCGGCAAGCUGCGGGCGAUGCUGAGGAAGAGGGCGCCGAGUGCAGAGAUUGGCGCAAGACGCAUGCGAUGGAUGAUCGAGGUGUGCGAAAAGUGGAACCUCGACGAGAUUUGCACCAUGACCGAGCCAGACAUGAAGAAGAUCCUCGACGGUUGGGAGACCGGGUACGUGCCCAGCUAUAAGGAGGUCAAGGGUGGAUUGCCGUUCUUGCCCUCGGAUGUUCGACUCAAGAAGGCGCUUUUCGGAACAUGUCCAGUCGUCGGAUACCCAAGUCCUUAUCUCACCGGAUUCGCUGGCGUUCUCCUGGGCGCAGCCGUGACUUCCGCAGUUUUCCUCUCAAGAGGCCUCUCCCGCUCCUCGUAG